GCCAGUCAUUUCUUGCUGCUGUUCUAAUUAAAAACAAAGAAAAAGAUGAACAAAAGUCGUCCGUCAACAGCGCUGUCAACCGUCUGUCAAAUGUCAAAAAAUUGGGGUUAUAAAGUUGGUACAUAUUUUGGAAGCUUUGCUUAUCUAAAUUCCGUUUUGUUCGUGAGCUCUUGGGUGGGAUGUCAGAUACCCCACCCGCAUCAGAAACAAGACAGCCAAGUAGAACCAAGAAAUCAAGAAGGGAUUAAAGUAAAGUGUAACAAGUACACACAAAUCAAAAUGAACAUAAGGUGUGCACGGCCAAGUGACUUGAUGAACAUGCAGCAUUGCAAUUUGCUUUGCUUGCCCGAAAAUUAUCAGAUGAAAUAUUAUUUCUACCAUGGGCUCUCUUGGCCUCAACUCAGCUAUGUGGCUGAAGAUGAGAAAGGUCAUAUUGUAGGUUAUGUAUUGGCUAAAAUGGAGGAAGAUGGUGAGGACAACCGUCACGGGCACAUUACUUCUCUAGCAGUGAAGCGCUCUCAUCGCCGCUUGGGGCUGGCACAAAAACUUAUGAACCAAGCUUCACUUGCUAUGGUGGAAUGCUUCCAGGCUAAAUAUGUCUCCCUGCAUGUAAGGAAAAGCAACAGAGCUGCACUCAAUCUUUACACAAAUUCCCUCGGCUUUAAAAUCCUUGAGAUUGAACCUAAGUACUAUGCUGAUGGGGAAGAUGCUUACUCUAUGAUGCGAGAUUUGAGUGCUUUCAGUACAGAUUCCAAGACUGAUAGCCAACCUACUGAAAACCUAGAAAUCAAAACAGAGUCUGCAGUUAUAUCACAAUGUUAGAGGACAUACAAGUGUAUAAAAUGAUUUAAUAAAUAAUUUGGAAAGUUA